AUGGAGUCCAAAAGGAAAACAACAGGAGCAAUUGAAAAAUGGGAUGAAAAAGAAAUUCUCAGAAAAACUUACUACAACCAAAGAGAUGUCAAUGCACUACCUUCCUCCCAGUACAGAUCGGAACCUUCAGAGAGACAUGGUAGAAACACAGAAAUAGUAAAUAAUUUACAUGAAAAUUGUUCCAAGAAGUAUGGGAUACAAUCGCCUGAACAUUCAUCCAUCAAAAUUCAAAGCUUGGAAGAUAAACAUAAUAAAAGCAUUUCUUUGGGUGAUGUAAGUACAUUUCAAUCAACAAAAGGAAUGGUUAAAACUUCGAAAAGAGAGGGAACUGAUGUAAAAUUAUCUGCAACAGUUGAAGAGGGAAUAGAUUCCUAUAAGUCAAGUAAUGUGCAUGUGUAUAAAUCGUCAUCACAACCCUCACCAAAUUUGAAGUACUCUUUGGGGUAUCCAGGCUACUCAUUGACGGAGAGAAGGAGAUUAAGUGACAAGCAUUUUAUCAAAUCUAAUGAGCAAACAACAGCAGCAAUUGAAAUAUUGGAUGAAAAGAAAAUUCUGAGAAAAUCUUAUUGUAACCAAAAAGAUGCAGAUGUAUUGCUUUCUUCCCAGUAUGGAUCCGAAGUGUCAGAGAUACAUGGUAGAAACACAGAGAAAGUAAACAAUUUACAUCAAAAUUGUUCCAAGAAGCAUGAGAAACAGUUGCCUGAGCAUUCAUCUAUCAAAACUGAAAGCUUUGAGGAUAAAUGUAAUAAAUUUUCUGAUGACCAUAUUGGAUUUCACAAAAUGGAGCCUCUUUCAAAUGUUGUACAAGGAAAUGAAGCUUCAGAAUCUGUGUUGCAAAUACAUGUACGAGGUUUCCAUAGCGAAGACAAUGGGAUAUAUGAAUCAUCUGAAAGAAAAGAGAGAUCACAGAAUAUUACAAUAAAUACAUCUCAAGAUGAUCUUGGAUCAUAUAGCAAAGUCAAAAGCAAGGAAGAAAAAGAACGAAAAAUUAAUUGCUCAAAUGAGGGAAAUAAAAAAUAUGUGCCCUCAAAAGAAAAUGUUAUUUGCAGUAACAUAAUGAAAGAUAGUCCUACAAAUAUAGAUUUUCAAGGAAGACAAUCAGAGACUAAAUACUGGACUGAGGAUGGCCAAAGAAACUGUGAUGGUUGGAAGGAUUGUUCAAUGGCUUCAAUAAGACUGGAGGAUGUAAAAGAGACGACUGAAAGCAAAUUUUUAAAGAAAGAAAGAAAGGGAACUGAGAAUGGAGGGGCGUGUAUUGAAAUGAUUAGAAGCAACAAUACAAAAAAGGGAAGUCAGUGUUUACCUCAGUCUGACAUUAGAGAGGAAACAAUGGCAAACAAGAAAGAAAACCAUCAAGACUUUCUUUUCAAGGAAGUUAAAGAUCUAAAGGAAAGCCUUAGACCUCAGUCAAAAGAUGAAAAAGGAUUUACAAGUCUAGAUGAGGUGCCAUCUUUUGAGAAAAUUGAUGAGAAGAAAACAUUAUUAGAAAUAAAGGAAACUAUGAGAAUAUCAGAUAAAAAGAGCUUAUCCCUUAGGAACCCAAGUGAUGAAAAAAAUUCUGACAGCGGAAACCGUGGGGAAUUUGUUGAAAAUCAAUUCAUUAGUCAGCCACGUGAGAUGAAAGAAAACAACUCUUCUCAAAGAGACACAAUCAUUACAAUGGUUAACAAGGUAUCAAGAGAAAAAUCUUUAGAAGGCAAAGAAGACAUGGGCAUAUGUGAACAAAGGCAUCAGUCAUUUACCACAAAUGAAGCUAGUUCAGGAAAAGUACAAGAAGGUUCUGAAUAUCAGGAUAUGAAAAAGGCUAUUGGAAUAGCUAAAAAUACUUAUGGUAAAAAACAUGAUGAGGUUACAUUAAAAGAUGGAUAUGCAAACAAAACUGUUGCUGAUGAGCAUGAAAUCAUGGAAAAUAAAGUCGAGCAACAAGAGGAGAAUAAUUCAUUCAAACACAUAAACUUGUUAGAAAAAAACAGCAAAGUAAGAGGAAUUGAAAACAGAAUUUCUGAUUUUGAAACAAACAUGUCACCUAUUGAGGUAGAAGAAACAAAACUGAAAUUUAGACUAGCAGUGCAGGAAACCAGAAAUGCUAAAGGAAAAGAAAGUUGCAAAGAAAGCAAAACCAAAAAUGUAAGUGCUCACCAGCCAAGAUGGACAUUUCAACACAAUAUGGAAACAGAUUUGCAUAACAUCAGUAUGAGUGACAAACACGCUGUAGCAAUGGAUCAAAAUUAUGUUGCAAUUAAAGAUGGUGCUUUGCCUGCAAGAGCUGCAACUAAGAAUGAAGAUUCAUUUGAAAGAUCUGAUGAUGUAGAUGAAGUUAUGGAUAAUAUUGUCAAGCCAGCAGACAAAGUGGAUACACCAGUCAGUGAUGCAAGCAGAGGGGGAUUAGGAAUUUCCAUUUAUAAUUCUGAAGAAAGUAAAGCAAAACUACAUACUAAAGAUUUAGUAGUAGUCCGAUGUAACAGCAAACAGAAAGAAGCCAUGGGAGAUGAAGAGAUGAUAUCACCUUCUCCAGAAACUAAACUGGAGAAAACUAAGCAAAAUCAUCUCUUUGAAAGAAAAGUCAUUAAAGAUACUGAUUUCUCUAAGGAGUCCAAUCAGAAAAAGAAAUCUAAAUGUGACAAGAUCAGCAAGGUAAAAACACAAAAGAGUUUGAACAAAGAAUUAAAAGAGAGAGAAACAGAAAUGGGAGAACUAAUGGCAGAGGAGGGAUAUAAGGAAGAAAAAAGAGAAAGUGGUAAUCAAACAGAUUGUAAAUCUAUGGAAACAAUCGCUUGUAAGCAAAAUUCAGACAAGGAAACGGUCAAAUACAUCUUCACUGUUUUGAAACAAUUGGAGGAUGAAAAUGAUUUGCUGUCUCAUCUUAUUGGCAUUGUGUCAAAUGUUCAAUUUCGAAUUCAUUUAUUUGAAAAUAACUCUAAAACGAAGACUACUACUGUUGCUUUGGUUUUCAAAAGUGAUGUAAAUGCGAAAAGCUUUGAAAGUUGCUUAAGAAGAAAUAGUAUGAAAUUAAACUUUAGGUACCACUUCAAAAAAGAAACUGUUUCUAAAACAAAGCUUGUGAACAUAAACAAGAAAUUGCAAUAUAUUAAAGAAAAAACUGUUGAGGUAUUAGGGAAACACCAGGAUAAAGAAAGAAAAACACAGAGCCAAAUAUCCAAUUUAAGCACAGCACCAUUGUCAUCAAAGAAAAAAAUUAAAUAUACCAAACUUUUUGUUCACGAACAAAGAGAGGCCCAGAAAAAAGCUCUGAGUGAUAAAUUCACAGAACUUGAACAACAACAGAAUGAAUUCAAAUCAUUCCUAUCUGAGACUAUCCAAAAAAUUGAGUGUUUCAAAGCAGGAAACAUGCAACAAAAAGAAUUAGAUUCUUUAUUGAAACAAUUUGAAGUGGAAUGUACACGACUAGAACAAGCCUUGCCAAUUUAUGCAAAAAGAACUGAAAUUAUCGAUACAAUUCUCAGUCAUCAAGUUUCUGUCAUUCUUGGAGAAACUGGCUCUGGCAAAAGUACACAAAUAACACAGUAUAUUUUGGAGUCUGAGUUAAGUUCCUUUGGAAAAAUCAUCUGUACACAGCCACGUAAGGUAGCAGCAAUGAGUCUUGCACAAAGAGUAGCAUCUGAAUUGAAGGCAAAGGUAGGGGAUCUUGUUGGUUAUCAAACUGGUAUGAAAGCAAAGCUGAACAAUCAAACAAAGGUAUUGUACAUGACUGAUCAUAUGCUUUUGAAUGAGUGUCUAAAAGACCCUUUACUGAUGAAUUUUUCCUGUAUCGUGAUUGAUGAAGCUCAUGAAAGGAGUGUAUAUACUGAUCUUUUGCUUGGAAUGAUAAAAAAGUGUUUGCCACAGAGGCCGGAACUUAGAGUGGUGAUUACCUCUGCAACAAUAGUUCCUGAUGUUUUUGUGCAAUACUUUGGAGGGCCCCAAUUCUGUCCAGUCCUUAAAGUAUCUGGAAGGAUGUUUCCAGUUGAAAUUGAAUGGUUAGUUCCUUCAUCAGGUGCAGAUGUAGUUGAUGAUUAUGAGAUCAAAGCUAUAGAAAAAGCGGCAGAAAUUCACAGAAAUGAACCACCUGGGGACAUUUUAGUUUUUCUAACAUCCCAAGCAGAAAUUGAACAGUGUGCUGAAAAACUGGAUGUCUUGCUAAAAGGAAGGAAAGAUCACUGGAUUUUGCCUCUACAUGGUAAGCUUCAAACAGAGGAACAGAAUUUAGUAUUUAAGGAUCCUCCUCGAGGGAGAAGAAAAAUUGUUCUUGCCACCAAUGUAGCUGAAACAUCAGUAACGAUACCUGGUGUAAAAUAUGUGGUAGAUACUGGGGCAGUGAAAGAACUUUUGUAUGACCCAAAGAAAAAAGUAAGUUCCUUACGUGUUGUGAAAGUUACCAAAAGUUCUGCUGACCAGAGGAAAGGUAGAGCUGGAAGAACGGGACCUGGUAAAUGUUAUAGACUUUAUUCUAAGGAAGAUUAUGACAUCAUGUGUCCUACAUCUGUACCAGAAAUUUUGAAAAUACACUUGGGUCAUGCAAUUCUGAAGCUCUUGCAACUAAAUGUUGAUCCAUUAGAAUUUGACUUUGUACAGGCUCCAGAGAAAGUGUCAAUGACAAAUGCUUUUCAACACCUGAAUAAACUUGGAGCUAUUGAAGAUGGAAAAAUAUCUCCAUUAGGAAAGUGGAUUGCAAAACUUCCAUUUGAACCAAGUUUAGGAGUUCUUACCCAUGACGCAAUUGACUCAAAUGUUGGGUUAGAGGGAAUUAUCAUAGCAGCUUCAUGCACAGUUUCUGGAUCCUUAUUUUAUCGAGGAGGUACAAAAGAAGAGAAAGAAAAGUCAGACAAAUUGAAAGUUCCAUUUUGUCACAAAUAUGGAGACCACUUUACAAAUCUUGAGGUUUACAAAGAAUGGCACAAAGUUACUGAAAAGCAAAAGGGUAGAUGGUGCAAGGAUAAUUCAAUCAAUGGAAAAGCAAUGCGAAGCAUUCGAGAUGCUGCAAAUGAAAUUUUAUUUAUACUGAAGAGAGAUUUGUCCAUUACCAUGAAAUUUGAAUUUACAGGUGCUGAGGAUGUGGAAAGAAAAUUACAAAAACUAUUGUUCAGAUCAUUUCAGAGUAAUCUUUGUCAUUUUCUUGGACACGAAAAAGCUGGUUACUACUUUAUAGACAAGAAUCAACAGGUUAUUAUGCACCCUUCCUCUGCAUUUCAGUCACUUGCAUCUUGUCCUAACUGGGUUAUUGUUGAGAAGGUAAUGCAAACCUCUCGUGACUUUGCCUUAAAUAUUACAGCAGUGGCAGAUGAAGAUGUUGAGGAAGCGCUGAAUGAGGGCUCCUUGGACUUUGAUAUUGAUGAUGUGGAAAGACGGAAAGUUGCACCAGUUUUGACAGAAUAUGUAGGUGUUCAAGUCCACAGAGAAUUUGUUGGACCUCGAUAUAGCAAUGUUAGAGCCAUGCAAGAUAAUUUGAAGUUGGAGUGUGAAGAUUCCAUAUUUGUGAUAGAUGCUGAUCGUGAAAGGGGAGAAAUUUCAAUUUAUGCACCAAUUAGUGAUUCAGAUAUUUCCUCACGUACUUUGAAAACUGCAAUAGAUCCAAUUAGAGAAAAAAUAAGGAAUGAAACAGUGGAACAUCCUUUGCUACCAGAGUUUUCUAAUGUUAGAAUAUCAAUUGGAGCAGGUGGGCAAGUCCAAGAUUUAUUAUAUCAAGAUGAAUAUAAAAAUGUUUUUAUUUUCGGUGAGGCACACGCUUUUAGUUCUGAAGAAGAUAUGGUGCAGUGGUUUAGACGUUUUGGACCCAUUCAAUCAUUUAUACCAAAAUCUUCCAAGAACAUUAAUCCGAAGUAUCUUGGACAGAUUGUAUUUGAAAAGCCUGAAUUUGCUAAAACUGCAGUAAUUGCUACUCGAAAAGGAAAAUGUGAUUUUGAAAUUUCUGCAAAACCACCAAAGGGAUUUGGGAAAAGUGAAGAAGACGAUCUACUUAGGGCCAGGCUUGUUUGGUGUCGACGAAAGUCCAGAGGUUUUGGAUUUGUUGAGAUUCAUGACCAAGAUAAAAUAGACCAUAUCAUAGUUUACAGUGCACUCAAUCAUUUCGUAGUUGGAGGAAAGCGAGUAAGAGUGAAACGAGGAAAUAACGGAAGAGAUGAAGAUGAAGAAACACAUGAAUUAUUUGUGUCAGGUCUCGGUGAUCUUGUUAACGAAGACGUCUUGCGUGAAAGUUUUUUGAAUACGUUUGACAUCUCUGAAAAUGAUAUAGGAAAAGUCGUCGUUAUACGGGAAAAGGUUAACACAACACCUCAAAUGUUGCACAGUCUGAGAACAAGAAUAGAGAGUCAGUUUAAAGAGUACACAGGUAUUCGGCAAAAUAAGUUUAAUGUCACUCUUCUUGAGCCAAAGCCUGCGUCCUUUACAUAUCAAGCUUUUGUCACAUUUAAGGAUCCAGAGGAAGGAUUUGAGGCUUGUACUAAAAUACGUAACAAGAUGUUCAUUGGAGAGCAUGCCGUUUCUGUUACUCCUGAAAUACAUACUCGAAUCUUUGUAUUAGCCCAGGUCUACAAACGAGUAAAGAGUGAUAUUGAAAAAUAUCAUGAGAAAAUAAAGAAUGAGAAUACAGAGAGGCGAUUGACUAUUACUGUUCAGAAAAAUGAAAACUAUGUUAUAGAUAUUGAUGCAGAUAGCAUUGAAAGCAUGGUUCGCACAAGAAAUAAAGUACAGGAAUUGCUUGAAGGUGAAACAGUUGAUUUGGAAAAGAUCCCUGCACUUCGAUAUCUGUUUACCCGAGACGGCCAAGAAAAGGUUGAAAAAAUUAUGAAAAAGACUGAAACAUUAAUUUUGCUGGAUCAUAGAAAUUCGUCAUUAUCCGUGCAUGGUCGCAUUGGUGACCGGAGAAUAGCUGUAGGGAAGGUUAGAAAAUAUGUGGAGAAAUUGUCCUCUUCGAGACUGAGAGUGAUUGAUUUGAAAGGGGAAACAAAACCACCAGGAUUAAUGAAAGCAGUUAUUCUGAUGCAUGGUGUCGAUCUUAAUGGUCUGAAAGUUUCUUCAAAUUUGUCAACAGUGGAUCUUGAUCACAGAAACCACAGAAUUAAGAUGUUGGGAUCAGAUGAUGCAGUUGAAAAAGCUGUCCAAAACAUUAAUGAGAUCAUUGAUUGUUUGCGGAAAAAUAGCCAAACCGCAACUUCCGAUCAGCCAGAGUGUGGAAUAUGUUUCUGUGAAAUUGCUGAAAGUGAAAUUUACAGAUUGGAGUCCUGUGGCCAUCCAUACUGUAGGGAUUGCAUGAAGAUGAAUAUAGAAUCUGCUAUCCGAAGCAAAGACUUUCCAAUUAAAUGUUGUCAUGAUCAAUGCGAUAUGCUCUGGGCUUGGAAAGAUUUCUUGAAUAUGACAAGAUCUGGAUUCUGCAGUCUUCAGAACAUUCUGAAUUCAACUGUAUCUAGUUUUGCCAUGGGAAACAAAGACAAAAUUCGAUAUUGCAUAACUCCAGACUGCCCAAUGGUGUAUAAAGUCAGCAAAGAUGGAGGGAGAAUUGUAUGCAGUGCUUGUAGAACUAGCAUGUGCAGUAAGUGUCACGUUGAGUACCACAGUGGAAUAUCUUGUGCCAUGUACCAGAUGGAGAAUGGAAACGAUGAAACGGGACUUCGGGAAUGGAUGAGACGGGACCCUCAUAACAGGAAAUUGUGCCCGAAUUGUUUUGCCGGAAUUGAGAAAAACGGUGGUUGUCAGCACAUGGAAUGUCGCGAUUGUAAAAGCCACAUUUGCUGGAUAUGCAUGGAGUUUUUCAAAACUAGUCGUGAAUGCUAUGGACAUAUGAAUAAAGAGCAUAAUACUUUCGUUUAAAGUAGAAACA